AUGGAAGAGAUUCGCACGUUCAUCUCCUCCGCCUCCGCCUCCGCCUCCGCCUCUGCCUCUGCCUCCGCCCACGACGAUGAGACGGCCAGCGAGAGCAGCGCAGCAGCCGCUGCCAAUCGUCGACGGAGCCGCACAAACUUCAACACCUGGCAGCUGGAGGAGCUGGAACGGGCCUUUCUCAGCAGCCACUACCCGGAUGUGUUCAUGCGCGAGGCUCUCGCCAUGCGGCUGGAUCUAAAGGAGGGGCGCAUUGCGGUGUGGUUCCAGAAUCGCCGCGCCAAGUGGCGCAAGAAGGAGCACACGAAGAAGGGUCCUGGUCGGCCGGCGCACAAUGCUCAGCCGCAGAGCUGUAGCGGAGCGCCGAUUCCGCUGCAGGAGCUGCGCGCCAGGGAACGCGCACAGCGCAGCAAGCGCAUAGCCAAGGCGAUCGAGCGGCAGGCGCGAAAGCUGCGCCUCAAGGGGCUCGAGGUCAAUGUGGAGCAGCUGCGCGCCGACUAUCUGGCGGCUCACCAGACUGAGCCCAGCAGUCACAUGGAGCUGCAGCAGGCGCUGGAGCACGGCGAGCAGCUGGACGAAGAGCUGCCCAUCGAUGUGGUGGGCGGCGACAGCUUGGACAAUUGCAACCAAAGAGGCUGCCCGGAAGACAGCUGCGACAGCAGCCCUGUGAUAAAACUGGAGCCAGUGGAGCCCGAGCGGCUCCCCCUGGAGCCACUGACAUCAUUGGAGCCACCGAGUCUGACGGUGCUGCCUGAGCAGCCGCCGCUGCAGCAGAAGCCGCAGUACAACUCCUCCUUCAGCAUCGAGUCGCUGCUCGGCACAUAACACGCGUCCCAAACCCAACAACA